AGUUGACCAUGGGUAUUCUUCUGUACUUCCUAACAUUCUUAGCAGCCUAUGCUCACUCAGAAUCGGUUCCCAAGGAGUUGCGAGAUAAACUGCGGAAGGCAUCAUCAUUUUUGGAAUUCGUCGAAAAUGUUGAAAUUAUCUAUCAUCCAGUCUAUACGAAUCAACAUACUGAAAAAACUUACGCAACACCAGGACCUCGUAAACCGAUGAGGAUCCAGGCAGCGAACUUUAUCAAAGCAUCAGCUUCACGACUACGAACACUGGCUGUAGAGGAAGCUCCGACAACCAGUAAUACAAUGGAUUUGAGCACCGCCGAACACCUGAGUCUCUUCGGAUCCAUAAAGCAAGGUAAUGACACAUGCCAGCUGCAGUCCGUUUGCGUUCCCAUUCCACUUGACAAUGGAGAUCCACAAGUCGUCAUCUAUCCGAAAUGCUAUGAAGUCAUGCAGUGCGUCGGAUCCUGCUGCGACUCUUUCGAGACUUGUCAUCCACACAGCAAUCGAAAACUUGAAAAGCCAGUCAUACAACUUUUGUAUGUAGGAAAUGGACGUUUUAUGCUUAAUCAGACAAUUAACAUCACCAUGGAAGAACACACAUCAUGUUCUUGUUACGACUGUGGAUCCAAUGUGCCCGAAUGUCCACCAGGAUCCGUUAUCGGCUCAGAUUGCAAAUGUCAAUGUGCCAACAAAAGUGAACGGAAUAAUUGCCAAGGUCACCGAGAAUGGGACGACGAAAAGUGCAGUUGUGUGUGCGAGCCUGUUUCCUGCCCGAAACACCAGAUUUUCGAUGAGGACCGGUGUGACUGUGUAUCGACACGGAGAGGAGAUGAGGUACAUCUAGCCGAAAUCAUUGACACAUCAAAGGUUGUCGAUCUGUCAUCAUUGCCGAAGCUGAAAGCCAAAGUUGUGCAUCCAAAAUACUAAACGUUGUGAUAGUAUGGAUCUAUUGUACAGUAUGUACAAAUGACUGUGGUGUUAUUUCGCUAAAUUAAUGCAGUCUAGAUGGAAUCGGAUAGAUUAAGGUCAUUUACCGCAGAC